CUAAACAACACAAAAUAUACACUCAGAGAAAGAAAGAAAAGGCAAUCUAUCUUCCUCUCUCAACAAAUUUUCCAUAUUUACAGUCAUUCCUCUGAAGAAAAAAAAAAAANCUGACAAACAUAAUCAAGAAUCUCCUCAUUUUUAUUUUUUUUAUUAUUUCUCAUUCUCCUGCUGCUGUUAUCUUUGGAACAAGGAACAAGAAUCCCUCGUCACAUGUUUCUGGUUCAUGAAGGGACACAAAGAUUCAUGUUUUUUGCUUUUACACGGAGAUUAAUCUCACAAGACACAGAAUAAUUCAUUAAUGAUAAACAGUUUUGAUUGUCAAUGGAGAAUAUGAAUAUCCUCGAAUCACAUUCCCGCUCGAGGCAGUUUCCCAAGGUGAAAGAAUCUCAUCCCGUAUUGUUCGAAGAAGAUAACCACAAACCCUCCAAACCAAACGAGCCUCAUCAAGCAUGGAAAGGCAAGAAAUUCCUACACGAAGAAAACGAGAAGGAAGAAGAGCUUAUGCCCGACAUUCUCUCCUUCAAAAUUAGCCAAGACUCGUUCGACGAAAUCGGCUCCACCUCAUUCCACGGCGUGAGUCACCCUCCCGAACCCAAAGACACCGCCUUUCUAAAUCCCGUCUGUCUCCCAAUCGGCCACAAAAACCGAGACCCCACCAAAAAGGAGCCACCUUUCUUGGUCCCGAGUAAAAAUCAAAGCACGCUAACACUUUCACCUUCCGUGACAGCUGUCUCGUCCCCAUUCGCCGAGGAAAAAGAGUGCGUAUGGGACUCCUCUCUACCUCCGAGCGGCAAUGUGAGUCCUUUAAGCAGCAUCGAUAGUCUUAGCAUGGCCCGGACAAUGAGCAUCGUCAAUAGCUCUGCCAGCACGUACAAAAGUGAAAACGGGAUAAUGAGUGAAGGCACAAAAAUGAGUGUGAGCCGCGCGAGUGACAGUAGCGGGAUAAGUGACGAGAGCAACUGGAGUAAAACAACGGGGAGCGCGAACAAGCCUCACAAAGGAAAUGAUCCUAGGUGGAAUGCAAUACUUGCAGUUCGGGCAAGGGAUGGGAUUUUGGGCAUGAGCCAUUUUAAGUUGUUGAGGAGGCUCGGGUGUGGGGAUAUAGGGAGCGUGUAUUUGUCUGAGCUGAGUGCUACUCGGUGCUUCUUUGCUAUGAAAGUGAUGGAUAAGGCUUCGCUUGCUAGUAGAAAUAAGCUGAAUCGAGCGCAGACUGAGAGGGAGAUUUUGCAGCUGCUGGAUCAUCCAUUUUUGCCGACUUUGUACACGCAUUUUGAGACAGACAGGUUCACGUGCCUAGUCAUGGAGUAUUGUCCUGGUGGGGAUUUACACACGCUGAGGCAGAGGCAGCCCGGGAAGCAUUUUUCCGAAUAUGCCACACGCUCGUCCGAAGACAAACCCUUUUGCAUACUGAGAUUGAUUACAAUUUCCUGGAAGAGCCAUUGCGCACCGUAUUUACCGUAUUUCAUGGGGACUCCCACUUGCAUCGAGCCCACAUCCUCCUGCAUCAUCCAAACCUCAUGCUUCCUCCCUCGAAUCUUCCCCUCAAAGGGGAAAAAAAAGCCCGGAAAGUCAAGGCCCGAAAACCAAGGCCCGCGGCCCGGAAGCCUACCGGAGCUCGUGGCCGAGCCAAACGCUCGAUCAAUGUCAUUUGUCGGGACUCACGAGUAUUUGGCUCCCGAAAUCAUUAAAGGUGAAGGUCAUGGGAGCGCGGUCGACUGGUGGACGUUCGGGAUUUUUCUUUACGAGCUUUUGUACGGGAAAACGCCGUUUAAGGGCUCGGAAAAUCGGAAGACGCUUUUCAAUGUGAUUGGGGAGCAGCUGAAAUUUCCGGAUUCGCCCUCGACGAGUUAUGCGAGCAGGGAUUUGAUUCGGGGGCUGCUCGUGAAGGAGCCGCAGAACAGGGUGGGGAUGAGAAGGGGGGCGAGUGAGAUAAAGCAGCACGCGUUUUUCGAGGGAGUGAAUUGGGCUCUGAUCAGGUGCAGCACGCCGCCGGAGGUGCCGAGGCCGCCAGCUGUCGAGGCGGAGGUUUCGGGGAAGGUGGUGGAGUUGGGUGGUGGGGUGAGCAAAAGGGUGGUUGGGGGAGGAGAUGUGAAGGGUGGGGGGGCUAAGUUUCUGGAUUUUGAGUUCUUUUAA